AAAAAUAAAUCUGUUACUGAUCAUCAAAGUGUUGCUAAAGAAUUGGAGCCUUUGGUUGAAUUUAUUGAUUUCAAGAGAAUUAAUGGAAAAAUUUUGGCCGAUGUUAUUGAUCCAUUAGAAAUCAUUCCUUCUAAAGUAAUUUUAAAUGUUUAUCGAGACAUAGCAAGGUCAAACAAUUCAAAUUUAAAUGAUACUCGAGGAAUAAUGCCGAAAACGAUGUACGCUUGGGAUGAAUCAGCAUGUGGAUCAAAACUUGUUAUUGAGGAUAAUGGGAAAAUUAUACGAGCAUCAAAUAAUUGUGAUACACACCAAAGUGCUAGAGCUAAAAUAGCAUUAGAAGAUAAAGGUAUUUUUGAAUGGGAUGUUAUUAUUGAGAAACAUUGUUCAUGGUCUUGGGUAGGAGUAUGUGCAUCAGAAAAUAUUAAUUAUGAAGAUUGGGCAGGAAACCAACUUACUGGAUGGGUAUUAGGUUCUGGUGGUACAUUUCGUAAUCAUAAUAACUAUGUAAAAAACUAUUGUCCAGCAUUUGGAGAUGGUGCAAGAAUUACAGUUCAUUUAGAUAUGAAUAAAAGAACUUGUGCUUUUACAGUCAAUGGUGAAAAGUAUCGGGAAGUAUCAGAAUGGAAUAAUUUACCGUCAAAGCUUUAUCCGGUAGUAUCAAUAAAGUAUCCUGGUCGCUUUCAAAUUCAGCCUCAUCAAAAAAAUGUUUAAUUUUGUAAGAUUAUAGUAUGAAAAAUUUUUUGUGCCUAUAUUAUAAUGUUUAAUUAUGUCAUUUGGAAAUAAUUUAUUAUUUAU